GAGUUUGUGUUGAAUCGAACAGUCAGUGAAGUUGAUGGUAUGCUGCACAUAGAAAAUACAGCGGCGUUUAAUAUAGCUCGUUGUAACGCUCAAACAAACAUGUUGAUGAUCCACUAUAAAACAGGAAGACCAACUACAAUGCUUAUCAACAAUAUCAGUUUCGCAGACGUAAAUGAUUUGAAUUUCACAAAGUGUCCUACAUCGGCCUAUGCAUGUACAAAAGAUGAUGAGUGUGACCCAUCAAAUUCGACUAUUGAUUCAGAAGAUGGGAAGGUGAGAGAAUUUAUCCCGGGAUGUGUUCCUAUUUGUGGGGUGUGCAAAAGUGGAUUUGUAUGUAACAAAGCUGCAAGGUGUGUGGCGAUAGUGUACCACAACACCAGGAGUUUUUCUGUUGGUCCUUUUGUUUUGAUUCUUUCAUUAUGUAUUCUGCUUGUGAUGUAA